UUUCUUUCUUUGAUUCUAAUUUGGAAAUAAAUUCCCCAACUUUUCCCGGAAUUGGAAGAAAGGGAGGAAGAGAAAAGAGGGGAGAAAGAGGAGGAAAACCCUCCCUUUUGUUGUGGUUUGUGUUGUUGAUUCCUUGGUUUUCUUGGAUUGGAUUGGUUCGCGAGAUCCAGGUUUUGAAAAUGCGUAAUAGUUGGUUAUUUCUCACAAAUCUAGACUUUGAUGGUGGCUACCAAUACAGUGGUCCUAUAGACUUUUCAGAAGGUCUUGGAGGACACUUAUUGUCUCAUUUUUAUUCUUUGGUGGACAAUACUCUUUGCCAUAGCAGCCAUUUUUGUACAGCUGGAAGUUCAGCAGUACAAGAAGCAUUUUGCUGCAUUUCUAAAUAUGCCGGGGCCUUGUUUUUAUGGCUUUCCGCUAGUUCAAAAUCCAAUGUGUUCCGCAAUUUGUCUGGAAGGGCAAAUUCACAUGGAUCCAGACCAAGAAAUGUUCAUUCUUCCAUGCAAAUUAAGCAUGUUUCUUCAUGUAGAAAACAUCCUUUUGGGUUUCACUUUGGUCCACCAUCAAGUGCUGGGCCAGCCAUUCAAUUUUUUUUCACAAAAGUAGCAGGUUCCACAAUAAAGCGUUUAUGGAAAGAGGUUGAAGCUCUUCCAGUGUUAUCUUUGGCUGCAGCUAUUAUACCUCCAUUUGAUAAUUUCUCCUCAAAGGCACUAUCGGAAUGCAUUCCUUUGGAAAAUUGCUGAUGAACAUAUAAAUCGAUCUAUGGAUCAAUUACAAGUGGAGCAUGGCCGUCAGGCAUGUGCUACUCUCGCUGUAUCCAAUCUGACCUUGUCUGAAGAUGUACUUGAACCAAAAACUGGCAUAAAGUUCCCUAUCAUUUUGGACAGUCCUUUGGCUUGUGAAGAUGGCUCCUGCCCAGCUACAGAGGUACUUGUUGGGACUGGUUCUAGAAGUUUGACAGUUUUAAGGAUCAAGUCUUUGAAGAUCUAUGCAUUUGGUUUAUAUGUUCAUCCUGAUUCUGUUUGUGAAAAGUUGGGCCCUAAGUAUGCUUCUGUACCAGUACCUGAUUUGACGAACCGUGUAGAAUUUUUUGAUGAUCUUUUGAGGAAGGACAUUCCUAUGACUGUCAGGUUGGUUGUUAAUUACAAUGGCCUUAAGAUCAGUACCGUGCGAGAUGCUUUUGAGAAGUCUCUCCGAAACCGAUUGCAAAAGAUGAACCCUAACACUGAUUAUCAUUGCCUGAGGACAUUUGGUUCUUAUUUCACUGAAGAUAUACCAUUACCUGUGGGCACAACCAUUCAUUUCAGGCAAACAGCCGAUGGUCAGCUAAUAACCGAAAUUGGUGGUAAACAAAUCGGUGCGGUCCGGAGCAAAGAUUUAUGCAGGGCUUUUUUCGACAUGUACAUUGGAGAUCUUCCCGUCUCGGAGCAAACAAAGCGCGAAGUCGCUCAAAAUGUUGCUGGCCUCAUAGGGAGAUGCUGAACCAAAAGGAACGAAAGUCAUCAAUCAUUUGUACUAAAUGAUCUAUUUAACAUCGAUACCAAAUCGGAAUUCUGAAAGCUUUUCAAUGGACAGAAUGUUAAAGAUUCGAAUAGCGGAAGAGUUUACUAAUUCAGAAAUAGAUUUAAAGCCAUCGAUUACUUUUUUUUUUCCACUUGUUUUUAAUUGUGGCUAUGAGGAGCCUAAAUGUAUCAUAUAGAAUUAGAGCAAAUUGCUCUGAAUUGUUAUUUGAACUUUGAUUUGGAUAUAAUUAGAGGUUCAUGAAUUUGAAG